AGAGCGUUGGUGCAGGGCGUGUGCUGGGCGGGCGGGACGCGGGAGGCGCACAGCGAAUGACGGGAUCCGUAGCCAGUGUCGUAACUCGAAUUGCUCAUCCCGUUUUGGACGCAUUCAGCCCUUCCGAAGUUUGCCCAACAUGCCCUGCACUCCAGAACGUGUGUUCUGCAUCCAUAUCUUGGCUGCAUUUGCCACCCUGGCCAACCCAGCUGAUGCAAACGCCUUCCGAGGGCGCACUCCCGACUUGGCCGGCUCGCAGGGUGUCGACCUCGACAUGGAGAAGGCGAUGCUGGCGGAGAUCGAGGAGGUUUUGGGGAGCAGCCACCGGAAGGCGACAGAGGGCCGCCUCGGCCGCAUCGAGGCCGUCCUGCGGACGACCUACGCCGCGCUCCCGAAGAACGCGCAGGGCCGCCUUCAAGAUUCCGCCGUACGGUACGCGAUGCACCGGCUGUUCGUCCAGCGCCACGCCUGGUUCGUACAGGGCCUCGACCCGGCGGGUGAGUCGCGGAACGCCUCGGCAUCCCCGUCGUCCACGCUGAUCAUGCAGGACCAGCUGCCUGCGUACGUGCUGAGCCUCUUCGAGAAGCGCGUCGGGCACCGCGGCUUCGACCUGCACGAGCUGGCGGUGAUGGCGGCCACGUUCGAGAACCUCGUCCACGCGGAGGCGCUCGGGCGGCUGGAGCACACGUACCGGGCGCUGCGCCGCUCCACCAGGGACCCGCUGGGCCGGGAGGAGGCGCUGGAGGUUAUUCAGUCGUACAUGACCAUGUACGUAUUGGGGAUGAACUUCAGCUCCGCGACCCCGGAGCAACUGGUGUCGCAGCGCGACGCGAUCCAGGAGGUCUACCCCAGCUGGCCGGCUACGCAGCAGUUCCUGCGCGAGGUGUACGAGGCGACCGCCCCGAAGCGCGACGAGCUGGCCUUCGAGAGCGUCGCCACCGUCAUCGAAGAGAUCGGCGAGCGGUACGGGCGGUGGCAGGAUCACGAGUGCCAGGCACUGAAGGCUCAGUUGGUGGAGAUGGAGGACCGUGGCAGCGGCCGCGUGAGGCUGGCGGAUUUCUACGGCGGCGCCGUGCACGGGGACAACUGGCAAUUCAGCGAGAGCGUCCAGUACCUGCGCGAGCUUGGGGCGCUGGAUGAGAGCGACCCAGGCAACCUGCGCGUGAUCAUCCCCAACUACAUCCAGAGCCCCUCCAACUGCGUGGCGUCCUCGAAGUAUUACUCGGUGUGCUGCAUGGACGAGUGCGAGGAGAUCGUGCGCCACGUGGAGGACAGGGUGGGCGCGCCCGACGCGACCGCCGCCGAGCUCGCGGCCGUCGUCGAGUCGCUCCUCUCCAACGCCUCCUCGGCUGGGGUCAGGCCUCUGUCGCCGACGCUGCGGCAGAAGCUGCAGGAGGUCGCGGAGCACCACGGGGGACGCGUUCCCCUCCACGGGCGGCUGUUCGCCCAGUGGAUGCACUACGCCCGCCCAACGGAGUGCCAGUACCCGCACGCCAGCGGCACCACCGCACCAAUGAGGGCGGAGGAUUGGUACGCCAAGACGGGGCUGGAGCCGUCUGUCUCAGCGGACGAGAUGCGGGCGCACGCUGCCGUCGCGGGCGAGCGGCCCGGCAGCAGGGAGGAGUACGAUGAGCUCACUGCGGUGAGCAUGUGGACGAUGGAGGAGGAGCUGAUCGUCGCCCGCCCGUCGUCGCAGCACGCGCGGGCUCAUUCCUCACCGCUUCGAGGGUUGGCCUUCGCGGCCGCGAUUGCGUCCGGGGCGGUUGCGCUGUACCAGGUGACGAGAUCGGCUGCGGAGAAGGCGCCCCAGCUGCUGCUGCCCACGUACAACCAGAAGCUGAAGGUGUGAGACUGCCGGGGGGAGACAUGAGAGGGAGGAUGAGAAGGAAACGGAGGGAGGGGGCCCCGAAACACGCGGUGCUGGUUGCAAGCCGCGCUCCGGAGAGCUGUGCGGCAUUGUGGCAGAGGUGCUCCGAGCCAACCAGCCCGUGGCGAUUCAAGCGCGUGCGA